AUGGGUUAUAUUCUAAACUCAUUUCCAAGUUUAGCUGAUAAUUGUAAGGCUGAUUUUAGUUGUCCAUUUAAAAAUGUUAUCGACAAUAAUGUUUGUUGGGGAUACGAGACUCAUUGUUACAAAAAUAUUUCUUACCAUGUGAGACCCAGAUGCCCUGGUGAUCAUCGAGGUUGGGUUAAAACGAAAGAGGCUCAGUAUGAUACAUUUUACACACAAGCUGACUUUGGUUACGUUAAGGAACAAAUAAAUGAAUUAAAAGUUAUGUGUGAAGCUUCAUACCUACAUGAUAGCUCUUUAGAAUGUUCAAAAUAUUUAAGGUUCUGUCGAGGUAGAAAUUUAAUGCUCAACUUUACUGGAUUAGUUGGACGUGGAAACAAUUUGCGCUAUAAAAUGGAUAUUCUGUCUGAAGGACAAAUAGGUGGAUAUUGUAAUUUUUAUGAGGAAAGACUUAAGUCUGAAGCCGAACAUAUGAGUGCUUUACAAUCAUGGGGGCCAGAAAUGGUAAACUUUGUAAAAACUCCAUACAGACCAAUCUUUGAUAAUGUCUGUGAUAUUGUGAUUGAGAAACCAACAUACAUAAUGAAGUUAGAUGCCACUGUGAACAUGUAUCAUCACUUUUGUGAUUUCUUCAAUUUGUAUGCAUCACUUCAUGUAAACUCCACACAUCCAUCUACCUUCACAAGGGAUAACCACAUUCUUAUAUGGGAAACUUUUACAUAUGAAUCUGCUUUUAAAGAUGCAUUUAAAGCGUUCACUUCAAAUCAAAUUUGGGAUUUGAAGAAAUUUAGGGGGAAAAUAGCAUGUUUUAGAAAUGUUGUAUUCCCUCUAUUACCUAGGAUGAUAUUUGGUCUAUACUACAACACUCCUCUGAUAUAUGGUUGUGAAAGAAGUGGUUUAUUCCACGCGUUUUCUAAGCAUAUUUUACAUUCUUUAAAUGUAAAACAGCUGCCUCGAAACAACGAUAAGAUAAGGGUCACUUUGCUUUCUAGAGGGACAACUUACAGAACUAUAAUCAAUGAAAAAGAGAUCGUUGAAGCCUUAAUGAAAGUGAAAGAAUACCACGUCCAGCGUGUUGUUUAUGAUAAGACUGUACCAUUUACAAAACAGCUGGAAAUAACACAAAAUUCCGAUGUGUUUAUUGGAAUGCAUGGCGCUGGAUUGACACAUCUUCUUUUCUUGCCCGAUUGGGCUGCGGUGUUUGAGGUGUAUAACUGUGAGGAUCCUAAUUGUUAUUCAGAUUUGGCCCGGCUUCGUGGUCUUAAGUACGUCACCUGGGAGGACAAGAGUAAAUUUGUUCAACAAGAUGAGGGUAACGGUCCUGGGGGCGCCUCACAUGCGAAGUUUACCAAUUAUUCCUUCGACGUGAACGAAUUCUUACGACUGGUGGAAAUUUGUGCGUCCUACGUAAAAUCACGUCAGGACUUUAAGAACUUUAUCGAAGCAUCGUUGUUGAAGCGUAAUCAUGACGAACUCUAG